GCGCCGCUCCGGCCCCGCUCCGUGUCCGCCCGGCCAUGGCCGCGCUGUACCGCACCAUCGGCAUCUUCGGCGCCUUCGUGGCCAUGGUGGGAGCCGCCUUCUACCCCAUUUAUUUCCGGCCGCUGCUGCUGCCCGAGGAGUACAAGAAUGAGCAGUCAAUAAACCGAGCUGGUAUUGUUCAAGAGGAUAUUCAGCCUGCAGGGUUAAAAGUGUGGUCGGAUCCAUUUCGAAGAAAGUAAUUGGCAGCUGGGUGGAUUGCAGAACUGAAGAUGGAUGUCUUCAGCUGCUUCUUCUUUCACUGAAGUGUGUCUUUAGGUAUUGCUGGAGCAGAAUUCUGAAUAUGCUGUGUGGGCACAUGAGGAGCAACAAAGGCUACUGGUUGGAAUCCCAAGAGAUGCUAGUUUUAAAACAUGCUAGUUUUGAGAGAGAAUGCUGGUGCAUAGCUCACAGACUGUUAGAAAGCUGAAUGAUUAUUGAUUAUAGAAAUGAAAUAUUUAUUUCCUCGAGAAAAGGAAAAAGGGUUUUCUUCUAAUCUGUACACUUAGAAUUAUGGAUAGAGUAAAUCAUGCAGACUGCUGCAAUUUCCUCCCUAGUUUGAAAGUUACAACAUGGUGAAUGUAAAUUUGUACAUUAAAAAAUUGAAACCAA